AGGACUGAUCGCUGUCAACAUUGUUGGAGGAUUAUAGAAUCUUAACUGACUGAUUUCGGGAUUUCACAUUGCAGUUUCCUGUUACCUGAUUGAUGAAAAGGUCCACACCAAUCUGAUGGACAGACUGAUCAAAGCUGUGGAAGGCACUUAAUACAGCGAUGUCUCAGCAGCUGAGUGGCGUAGUUGGAGGUGGAGGUGGUGGAGGGGUGGCCUCGCUGUGCCCGCGCUUCGCACAGAACGCCUGGAAGAAGGACCUCUGCUCGCACUGCUUCAAGUCCAAGGAGGAGCAUUCCGAGGAGGCCAAGCACAGUCGUGGCCGAUUCGCCGCCCUCUACCCGGUCCGAACGCCCAUCACACCCGACAAACCUCCUCAGAGUAUCCUGAAGACUGAUAGUAGCAAAAAAUCGGCCUCACGGAACGUGAAAUUUCCAGAGGAGGAGUCGAAAGUGAUCGGUUAUGGUGGGGAGGAGUUUUCCGAUGAUGAGGAGGAGGAAGAGGAGAUGUUCGAACUCGAGUCAGACCCCCUCCCAACUGAAACCACUGACAACCCUGAGGAUGACAAGGAUCUGCAAAGGAUAACAAAAUCCAACACCGAGUUCAACUCAAUCUCAGCGAAUCUCAACGAAAAUGUCGACCCGGCAAAGAAACCGCAGAUGCCUCUGAUGCUGGGACAAAUCGAUUCAAACAAGAACACACAGUCGCCUCCACUGCUGGUCUCCAUCAAACCGUUUGGAAGCAGUAUCGAAACAAAUAUCAAUGCUAGUCGAAAAUCGCAUCUGAGUAAGUUGUUGGACGAUGGUAGUAGCUCCACCAAUAAGAACACUCAAAAUGGUAACAGUGUUGCUGUGCCCCACACUAACGGCAAAGAUGAGGAAGUUAAUGAGGAUAGUUCUAACAAAACAAUUAAUAGUGACAGGAUUACUGAUGAUGACAACAAACUGAAUAAGACUGUCGAUACAACCAAGACUGAUAACAAUAGUAUUAAUAUCUUGAAAUCCAUAACUAAUCAUAUAAAAAUCGCUCCAGUAAAAGACAAUGAUGCUGAUAGCGAUAACAAAAACACAUUGACGGAAGAUGAAGACAAUAAAGUUAUGAACGGGGAAGUUAUAGAGGAUAAAGUGAAUAUAAAGAUAGCUUUAGAUAAUCCGGUUACAACUAAUGAGAAUAGGAAGACGCAGAUUACUAGGGGAUCAGUUUUGACGAAGAAUCAUGAACAGGUUAAAACUAAACGCUUCCAGUCUCCUGGGAUCACAUUGAAAUUGGAGGAUAGAAAUGAGUCCAGUAGGUUGAAAGAAAAUCUCAAUGAAAGUCUGUCCAAGUUCAAAACGAACUCAGCGUUGGAAGUUAGUGUGCAGCAAAAGAAUUACAAGAAUAUAAGUGAGAAUAGUCGGGGGUUGAAUGAUAGUAAAAGUGUGGAGUCUAUAAGUGAGGGGUUGAGUGAAAGCAAAAGUGUGGAGCCGAAAGAACAGACCGGGUUCGAUUAUAUAAGUGCCAUAGCUACCUUGAAGAAUGAACUAAUGCUGAAGAAGAUCGAUCAAGUGCUCACUAAUAGUAGACCGUCCUCGUUUGUAGAGUCUGAGAAGACGAGGGGUGUAGGAGUGGGGGGUAAAGAGUCAACUGUGAAUGAAGUGAGUAUAGUGAAUGGAGUGGGGUCCACGUUCAAGGAUAUCAUUGAGAAGGAACGGGUGAUAGAGGAGGAUAAAGAUGUGACCCUGCAAGUGAUGAAGAUCCUGGACUCGGAGGGUUUGAGUCGGGAAAUGGCGGGUGAACCUGACGGAAGGGCCGAUUCGGAUGAUGUGAGUGAAAUGCCUCCUGCUCUGCCGCUCACCCCGCCACCCCCGAUCAAUGAGCCUCACCCCAGGACGUCGUUUCUGCACACCUUCUCCAAGGAGAAGCCCAAGAUCCCGGCCAAACCGAGAGUACCUGAGCUGGUGGCGACUGUUGUCCACAAGGAGAUUCCAUGUGACCAGAAACCGAUUCCGUCGACUCCAACAUCGACGACGUUCGUCGACCUAAAUCUGGACGCAAGCAAGAACAUGAAGCGCCAAGCACCAAGCCUCCCCCCGUGUCCCCCACGGACACGCCCACCGGACUCUCAGAGGAAUCCGUCCAUUUCGACCAAUCCGGACUCGCCUGUCGUCAAAGAGAGAGAGAAACGGGAGAGAGCCAACAGCUGCAGUCCUCUGCCCACUCCUGAGACGUCACCGAGGCGUACGCUCUCUCUCUCGCAUGACAGUUUGGCCGGCCAUAUUGUCGAGAAGCAACCGUAUUCGACUCCUGAGAAGAUAUGCACGAAGAGAGGCAACAAGGUUCGCAUGACACUGCGCAAAAUACUGCGCCUAGGCAGCAGAGACGAGGAUGGCAUGCGAUUUGAUGAUGACCAUCACUCUCAGACACCACCCGCCCUCAAGCCAAGGCCUGAGAUCAUCCAUCCCCUGGACUUGAACAAGUCGGCUGUGCAAGUGCUGAGGAACGAGCGCAUUCCCCCUUCCCCUCCACCGCUGACUGGUGUGAUGGGAGUGGAACGCAUUCCCCCUUCUCCGCUGCAAGGUGGAGUGGGCGGGGCGACUGUGAUGGGAGGAGGCGGAGCGUCUGGAAUGGGCGGAGCGUCUGAGAUGGGCGGAGCCUCUUCUCCGCCACGUUCUCAUGGCUUCAUGAGACCCAGCAAGCCUCCUCCGCCCCCUCGCAGUCAGUCGCUUGACAUGGGGGUACGCGGACCCCUCCCUGUGCGGCCGCCGCCUCCCAGAACUGCUGACUUGGCUAAAGCUACUGCUGCUGCCGUCGCUGCUACUCAAGUCGCAUCAGAGGUGACCUGUGUUGAUGGGGUCUACGCCAAUUUAGGUGAAGCUCGUAUGGAUGUGAUGCCUGAAAAACCACAGCGUGCUGGGAGUAUCCGUGACUCAACAAGGAAUACUGGCUCCAAAUCCGACGAAGCCACUUCAGAAAAAGCAAACUCUGGUGAGAUGUCAAGUGGAGACUCGGACAACGUGUAUGAAAGUAUUGUACCUGAAUGUGAUCUACCUCCAGAGCGAUCUCUCUCGCUGACAAUUCCCUACUGUGGAAGUGAGACCGAGUCAGACAUCUAUUACCCUUACACCUUUUCAUCAAGUGAAGAGAGCCCAGAAGAUGACAACGAUGGUGAAGGCUGGCGCAUGAAUGGAGCAAGGAAGGGUCGCAGUAUUGUGCAUAACAGCCUGGAAGAAAACUAUGGUGCUGUCAUUGUUGCCAACCAUGAGGCGUUAUCACAGCUAUUAGAACAGGCUAACAACAGAUUUCCCUCCAUUCCGUCCGCCCUGCGAACUCUGCGGAAUUGUUCGAACCUGAGUUGGUCGGACUUCAAGGUGGACGAUACGUGCGAUCGGAGACGAUUGGCAGCCGCGUGUUCUACGCGACGCAGUGGCGGGACUGCAACGUGACAGUCUGCGUGAAUUGGGGCCAGGCCAGGUUGCCGCCAGCGAUGGGCGUUGUUGCCGAGUUCACUGACCUGGUUCCUUCUCACUUCGCCAAAGGCUGUGCAUCUACUGCAGAUCUAACUCAAGCGCUAGUGAGCGUGCUGGUUCGACAGUCAAUCAGCCAACUGCACCGAUACAGGUGGGGGGCGGUUGCUGGAGCGGGAGCGGCAGUGGAGGCGGUAGCAGAGGAGGCAGUGAGUCGAGGAUGGCCGG